AUGAAAAUUAAUCAAUACGCUUGCAUUUCUCUGACAUCGGAUUACCAAAAGAAAGGAGACAUCCCAGAUUGCAAAGAUUAAUGGAUUAUUUUGAAUAAGUAAAAUACUAUUUUCAUACUCUAGGGCACAAUGCAUUAAACACAAACUAUAAGAAUAUGAACCAAUUGUGGGUCCAGGGAAAUUGGACUCCUAGAACACUGAUAAUUAAUUUACCAAUUAAACUCCCAAUUCAAGUUCCAUAUUUACUAUAAUUAAUGAUAAAUUAUUGAUUGCCUUCAAACAAAAGAUUUUAUAGUAUGAUCGAAUAUCAGAUCUAUUUUCAACUGAUAAGUAUUAAACUUGUUUGCCAUAACAAUAACAUACUGUGACAUCUGGAAAUGUGAUAUCAAUGCAUCCAAAUCAAAACCAAUUAAUUGUUAGAACAGAAAAUGCCAUCAUAUUAUAUAAGUUUAGUAAUUCAAAUGUAUUUAAACUAUUUAAAUAUUUUUAGUUUUCACUCCAAAAAACAUACAAUUAUUCCAAUGUUAAAUAACUAAACAUUUAAAAUAAUGUGCUUUUCCUUUGUUUGUCUGAUAAGUUAAUAGCAAUAAACCUAAUUAAUUAAACAGAACAAAUUCUCAAAGCUGACAACAAGAUAGUUGCUGGUUAUCUCAAAGAUUCAGAAUAUUAUUACAUCUGCGAAAACUCCAACGUUGUUAAGAGUCUAUCAAGAAACUACGAACUAACUAUUCCAAUCCCCAUAGCAAUAAAGGCCCUCUUUUUGAUAGAUAAAUUCAUUUGUGUCUGUGGUUAUGAAACCAAAUAUGAGCCCUAUGACGAUGAAGAUGAGGAACCAGCCACUUACAGUUCCCACGUCUUUUGGUUCGAUAUGACUUGCAAUCAACCCAUUAAAGAAGGCAGUCACAGAGAAGUGGACUUAAUCGCAGAUACAAAUAACAAAGGAGACUUUGGAAUCACACAACUAAGUGACCUAUACAUAGUAUUCGGUAGUAAUUUGAGAGUGGCUACCUUUUGGACAUUGGAUAGACUGUGUUAACAAGCUAAGCGAUAUGAGAAUUCAGAUGAGACAUUAGAAUUGCUCCAACAUUCAGAAAUCAGAGGAUUGGUCACUUAUAAAUCCAAUCCCUUUAUUGGGUUCGGUAUGAACCAAAAGAACUUUCGUAGCAUAGAACGAAAUCCUAAUAUCUGCAUCUUAGACAAAAAGGGAGGAUUGCAAAUGUAUGAAUUCUUCAAUUUUAAAAAAAUUGUGGAAUAUCAGGUUAACCAACCAUAACUUUAAAAUAGCAUAUUUUAGAAUAGUUAAAAUCUAUUUUAGAAUCCUCAAUUGUAAUCUAAUAGAUCUCAAAAGUAAUAAAAAGGUUUGGAUGAUAUCAAGUUUACGUUGAUUGAAUGUGAGAAGAAGGAGAUGAACAUUAUUGCUAAUCCACCCUUUAAUUUAUAAUUGAUUACACAAAACAAAGAUUCUCAAAUGGUUUUUGGUAAAGGAAGAAUUGAUUAUUAAUUUCGGUUACAUCAGAACAAGAAUCCUUCAGCUAAUUUAGUCAUCGAUUAUCAACAUUUUCAAAUCAUAGGACAUGAAAGAGAGAUUAUAAUACUUACGCCAAUUAUUGUAUAAUAGAUACUUUCAGAAUAAUAAUAACCCAAAUUGUAAAUUCAAAGGGUUACUUCUAAUCCAGCAGAACUUAUUAAUAGUCUAUUCCUAUUUUAGAAUAAGAUAUUGAUAUAAACCAACACUUCCUUAUACUUGGUCAACUACUAAGAUACUCAAUGGAAUGUAAAACUACUCUUGAAUCACAAUAAUAUAAGCAGAGUCUAGGUUUAAGAUUAAUAUCUAUUGUUGACCAUUUCCUAGGAUGGUGUGUAAUAAAUAUUGUAUGAGUAUAAAAAGGACAGCCUAUAAUAGAAGGUUUCUCAUAGAGGCAAUGCGGGUUGUCUAUUAUAAUUAGAUGGAUAAAUACAAUUGUUAUUAAUAAUAGAUGACUAAUUAUAUAUAUUGAAGGACUUUGUCACAAAAUAAUUAGUCCAAAUCGAUAUCGAAAUAGUAUAAUCUAAGGAGUAUUUUAUUGCCUAAUUGCAUGAGAAUCACAUUUAUUUAUCUUUUGCCACCAUUGACGAGUAUGAAUUCAAUCAUUUUAUACUUAAUUACGAUGCAGAAAGAAAUCAAGCAAAAUCAGAAUUACAUUUGAAUGACGUACUCUCCAAUCUUAACAUCAACGAUAUCUAAACCUAAAUCACUAAUUUUGAUUGGAACAUAACAUCAGUAAAUACACCCAACGCCAAAAUCAUCAUAAUAUUUCCCAAUGGAGUUUAGGAAGGAUUUGUAUUCUAGGUCUGUGGAAAUGACUUACGUACUAUUGAUAAUGAAAAGGGUGAACCCAUCUAACUUUCCUCCUACACUCAUUUUGUUAAAGGAAUCUCAACUCUUAAAUAUGUGUUACCCAACGAAGAAAAAUUAGGGAAUAAGCCAGGCUUAUGUAAAGCAAAAUAAGAACAAAAAGAAUUUCAGUACUAGAUGCAGCCUUCAAUAUUGAUAUAUGAAUUCGAUGAAAAAAGCAAUCUAACCAUUCAUAGGUUAUUGUUAGUAAAAUUAGAUAAAUUGGAUGAUUCAACUCCACUCUUGUAGGUUUUUGAAGACAAACCUAUCCCUCAAAAAAUAUCAUAAUUGGAAUAACAAAAAACACCUGACAGAUAAUAAAAUGAAGUAUCAAGAUAAUUGAUCAAUCAAUAACCUUAACCACCAAAGAGGGUCACCUAAAUUACAUACUAAUUAUCAGAAUUUUGUAAGCAAUCCAUGAAGUAAUUGAAUGGAGAGGAAGAAGAGGAUCUACUAAUGAAGCCAUACUUCUCAAUAUUCACAUCCCAAAAGUUUUUGGAUGAAUUAAGUGCUCAAUAUACUUAGAUAUAAAACAAUAGAAAAUUGAUGAAAUAAAAAACUUUGGAGAGUUCUUCUGUCUAAGACUUUUGUUUACUUAGAAAAUCAUUUGACAUUCCAAAAUUUAGAUUCUGUUAUGAUGAUAUUCAUUAGACUCUAGCCUCAUUAUCAAAAGUAGAAGAACAAUUCUCAUGGAUUUGUAACUUUGUAAUUAACACUCUAUAAAUGAAUCCCAUUAAGAGGAAUAAAAUCACUUUUGGAGAAUUCGAGUUUCCUAGUAUUCAUCAUAUUACACCCAAAAAAUAAUAAAGUAAUCCAAAAACUAAAAUCGGAAGGAAGAUCGUAUUCUCAGAAUUUUGCGAUUAAGAACCAAAGGUUGAUUUACAAAUGGCAUUCAUUGAAAAAUUAUGUCAAGCUCACAAAUCCAAUGUCAAGUAUUUACAAUUAUGUAAUGAGACCAGUAAGGAGAUUAAUGAUCUAAGUCUUCCUUUAAAUGCGAUGUCCACAACAUCUUUUGGAAUACCUCACUCAAGAUUUUCUUAAAAACAACAAAUAUUUGACUCUCUGUAUGAAAACAAUAAUAAUAUGCAAACUAAAAUUUCAAAUACGAAAGACCAAGUUAAAACUAUUUAGGCUUAAACAGAUAAUGGGUCAUCUCUGCUUGGUACUUUGAAAAGUCAAAUGGAAAGGAAUUAAAAAAUUGAACCUACUCAGUCAUAACGAAAAGAUCAACCAAUUGAUACAUCAAAGAAAAAUAUUAAGUUGUUUGAAGAUAAUGAUAAGGGACUUGAAAAGAAAAGUGAUGCCAAUUCAUAAUAAUAAUUAUUUGAAAUCAAUAACAAAGGAUUGACUAGAACAAAGGGUGGCUUUUUAAGUCAAGAAUCAGAUUAAGAAUCAAUCAAUCCUUUUAAAUCAGAUUUCUAAAGUGUGCGUGAAAUGAAUAUGGUUGAAUCUCAAAUAAUUGAUCCCUCUAAACAAAAGGAUAAUCUAAAAGAAUCUACUAAACCGUUAUUUGGAUAACCUCUAAAAACAGAAGUUAAUUAAGAAAAAAGCAUGUUUGGAUAACCUCUGAAAACAGAAGUUAAUCAAGAAAAAAGUAUCUUUGGACAAUCUUUGAAAACAGAAGGUAAUUAAGAAAAAAGUAUAUUUGGAUAAUCUUUAAAAACAGAAGGUAAUUAAGAAGUAGGUAUGUUUGGAUUAUAAACUCUAAAUAAUACUACUGGAUUGUUUAAAGAUCUAAAACUAGAUGAUAAAUCUAAUACGUCUGCUCAGAAUUCAAAUAUUUAAAAGCAACCAACACUCAAUGAAAAUGAUAAACCCAAUUAAGAAUCAAAUAUUAUAGCAUAAAAUACUUCCCAACAAACUUAAAAUUCAAAUAAAUUGCUUAACCUAAAUUCAAAUGAAAACCUUACUGAUAAGUAAUCUUAAAAACCAAGUCAGCCCUCCCUAUUUAAUACUAAUUUUGGAGAUGGAAAAUCCCUUUUCUCCUCACUUACUCCUAAUGUAGAAUCUGCCACUAGCUUUUUAGGAAUAAAAACUGAAACCAAAGAUGUUGCACAAAAUGAAUAAAAUAAAAAGAAAGAAGAAGCUACUUAGCCUUAAAAUUCAAAGAAAGAAUCUCAAAGUCUAUUAUAAAAUCUAUAAAAACCAGAAAAUUAAGAAUAAAAUCAAAUUCCAAAGACAUCCACACCAGCACCAGCUCCAGUACCAUAACAAACACCUUUAUUUGCUUUUGGUUAAACAAGUGAAAUUUAAGUAACACCAGCCAAUAAUGUGACUUAACAGGAACCUUUAAUCUAGCCAUAAGCAUAAGCACAAGCUCCUCUAUAAUUAGGUUCUUCGAUGUUCAACUCAUAAAAGUCAGAUGUUAAUUUUACUACUUACUCUUAAACUCAACCUACUUCAUUAUUUUAAAAUUGUAGUAAUCAACCAUUUUAAGGAAUGCAAAAUUCCAUAGGAUUAUAGUAAUAAAGUCAACCUGGGCCUCUUAUAAUCAAUUCAUCCAGUUUUGGAAGUACAAGCAGUGUAUUCGACUAAAGGAAUACAGCUCCACCACCUUAAUAAAGUAUCAAUACCCUAUUACUUUAGAAAUUAAUUUUACUAAUCUACAGAGUCAAGGUGGACCCAACACCUUAGGUGGAUUCUUUGCUCAAGCACCUUAAACAAAUUAAGGAGGAUUCCUUUAGACCUCAUCCAUUUAAUUUGGAUUCGAUCGUAUUAUUUUAAUAUAUUAUAUUAGCUAACUAAGAGAAACCAAGAAAAUGAAAUCAUC